AAGAGUUUAUUGAGAGUCAACAUCCUGGAGUAUGGAAAUUAUGGUAAAACUAACAGCUCUCUUACUUUUGAUUCAAGUUUCUCUUGGAGAGGAAUAUGUUUCAGAGCUAUGUCGAGAAGAACUAUCAGCAGCAAUAAACAAAUUUGGGAUUGAUAUAUACAUGAAGAUAUCUGCAAGCCAUCCAGGUGAAAAUGUCUUCUUCAGUCCAAUCAGCAUUACAACUGCUUUGUCUAUGUUGAUGCUUGGCGCCAAAGGGAAGACAAAAUCUCAAAUGGAGGAGGUGCUCUAUACAACUGAUCUAAAAAGUUGUCUUCACGAGACGUACCAAUUUUUUGAGAAAAAUCUUUAUGGAAGUGAAGGAGGACCAGUCCUUGAAUCGGCAAAUAGGUUAUAUCCUGAUCAGACUUUAGAUGUGAUUGACAGUUUUGAGGAAGAUAUAGCAAAAUAUUAUAAUGCUUCUGUUCAGAAGCUUGAUUAUAAAGAUUCAGAUGCAAGUAGGAGGACUAUAAAUGACUGGGUAUCGCAACAGACAAACAGAAUGAUACAAAAUGUGCUACAGGAAGGUUCAAUUGACCAAAAUACAGUCAUGGUGCUCAUUAAUGCUAUCUACUUCAAAGGCAACUGGCUCAACCAGUUUGACAUAUCAGAUACAUCUGUCGAGAGUUUCAUAACUGAAACAGGUGAAGAAAUCAAUGUUAACAUGAUGUAUCAAGAAGAUCUAUUUUAUCAUUACUAUGACAAUGACUUGAAGGCACAAUUUCUUGAACUACCAUAUGAAGUAGGUAAAAAUGAUGGAAGUGUUGACAUCCGCAUGGUUAUUAUUCUCCCAGAUGAAGAUUUUGCAAUCACUGAACUUGAAAAGGAACUCACAGAUGAGAACCUGGCUAAAGCUUUAGAUGAGCUCCAGUAUUGGCCAACACCAACAUAUUUACAUGUACCAAGAUUUGACUUCAAGGAGAAAUAUCAGCUUCACUCUAUUCUGGAAGAGAUGGGAAUGGACGAGUUGUUCUCUGCAAGUGUCAAUCUAAAUGGUUUCAGUACUGAUCCCAGAGUGGAUGUCUCAACUGUUAUACAUGAGGCAGCUGUUGUUGUCAAUGAAAAUGGUUCUGAAGCUUCUGCAGUGACAGUCAUAGGAGGAGGGAGAUCAGGUUAUAUUCCUGAUCCUGCAACUGUUGAAUGUGACAGGCCAUUCCUGUUCCUUAUCAGGGAGGUGAAAGAGGUAGUGAGUGGAUGGUCAACAAAAACAAUUCCUGGACCAAUUUUAUUCUUUGGAAAGGUUUCUGUGCCGGAGAAGACCAAGAAUCCUAAAUGUAAUGGAAAAAAACUGCGUAGAUGCAGGGAGAACUGUAGGCCAAAAUGCUUUGAAGCUAACAAGAAGUUCCCAAGUCCUAGGAAUAAAUGUCCUUCCUGGGUUGGCUUAAUGAAAAAAUACAAAAAAUGCAAGGCUGUAUGUCGUCAGAAGCAGUGUGUGCAAAAUUGUUAA